UCUCCUCUUUCACCCGGCGCGCUUUGCCUGAAAUCCACCACCGUCCCCAUUCCCCAGCCACCUCGCCGGAAAUCGAGAAAUCCACCGUCAGCCAGUUCGAACCACCCCGCCUGAACCCUAAAUCCAGUAUACUCUACAAUCCGGUCAGCCGCGCCGCCUCGCUGCUCCCCCAAGCUCUCCGCGCCACGCCCGAGCCCGGCGGCCAAGAACCCUUGCUGGUCGGCGGGGAUGGCGAACAAGAAGUUUGCCCCGAACCGGGACAAACAUUCCGCGGCCAAGGAGGCGGUGGAGUCUGCGCUGCAACUGGCGCGCUCACCGCUGCCAGGGACACGGCGCCGGGCGCCCCCUUUCGCAUCCGACGCCGACGAGAGCACGGCGCCCUCGCCCAAGAACACGGCGUCCUCCCCUGCCAACAACACGGCGCCCUCCUCCGCCAAGGACCAGGCGCCCGCCUCUUCCAGUGAAGGUGAGUCCGACGAUGCUCCCGCCCCGGCCAAGAACACGGCGUCCGCCUCUGCCAAGAACAAGGCCCCCGUCCCGGACAAGAACAAGGCGUCCGCUUCUGCCAAGAACGAGGCCCCCGUCCCGGACAAGAACAAGGCGUCCGCCUCUCCCAUCGCUCCCGCCGCUCCCGAUGAAGAUGAGGUGGUGGUUCCCGCCGCUCCCGAUGAAGAUGAGGUGGUGGUUCCCGCCGCUCCCGAUGAAGAUGAGGUGGUGGUUCCCGCCGCUCCCGAUGAAGAUGAGGUGGUGGUUCCCGCCGCUCCCGAUGAAGAUGAGGUGGUGGUUCCCGCCGCUCCCGAUGAAGAUGAGGUGGUGGUUCCCGCCGCUCCCGAUGAAGAUGAGGUGGCUGCGCCGCCCCAGGACACAGCAUUGAGGAGAUUUAUCAACUUCCUGUGCGACAAAGCUUCAGCCUUGCCAUGGAGGGAACUCCUCGACGCCUUCCUGACUUGGGUGCACAGCAGCGCCCGCGGCGAGGCCCAGGCAGAGGCGCCCACUGAAAGUUCUGCCUAUCAGGAGCAGAGGGAGAAGGGGUUCCUGGAAGAGGCGGAGAACACUCAACAGCAGGCUGCAGAUCAACUUCCAGAGAAUGGGCGUGAUUUUGAUGAGGCCGAAGCAGACCGCAUUAUACCUGCAGGCCCUUCAAUCAGUAAAAUUGUUGAGGACCACCAGAAUUUCGAUCCGUAUUUGAGCAGUGAUAUUCACAAGGAUUACGUCAAGAUUAUGUCAAGCUGCCCACCGGGUAUGGAGGUGUGCGUGUUUUGCUACUUUGAGAAAGACAGUAAGACUCAAAGGUCUCAGUCACGGGUAAGUUUUAGUGGCAAACGAAACAUCUCUCUCCUUUGUGGAUAUGCCCUUAUUCAGCUCUUGAAUGAAAGAGAGAUAGAAAGAGAGAAUGAUCAUAGACGAGAGUUCCUCUUGUGUCUCGUAUAUUUUGUUCCAUGUGUUGUUGGUUUGAGUUCAGGUGCCUUUCGUUUACUUUCAGUUUCAUUUCGCAGAGAAUUGUACACACGCGCAACUUGCAUGACAGCUUGGUUAGCGUGAAGUGCACUAAUUGCCCGGCGAGGUUUCCUACAGAGCACGUCCGAGACCUGCAUGGCCUGCACUGCAAUGCCUAGUUAAGGUUUUGCCUAAUCUUCUAGGUACUUUCUGUUGGGAAGAUCUGCAGUAGCUGUAGUCUGGAACUAGAGGACACUGGACGAGUUGCAUCUAAUAUUUGGUAGCAUGGAUUCCUUUUGAAAUCCCUCUUUUCCAGUCUGAAAUAUUAGGAUGUGUCUGCAAGUAUAGCCUUAUUGGGAUUGAAGAACUACAGAGUGUGCUGGUAAAAAGAUAUGAGAUACAGUGCAAUGCUCUUGUAGGAUGAUCUGUGAGAUAAAUUUCAACCACAGAUUGUGAGCCUGGUGCGCUCAGGCUGUUGAGAAAAUGAUUUUAUUGGUGGAUGAUGUGUUGGAGUUACUGUGAAACUUACUGUUAGAUUGUCCAAUACGAUUGUGCUGCUCGAAAAUUAUUCAAAUGGGAAGCUGGUGACAAGUGUUGUCUUCAUGCAUGGAAGCAUGACGUGUGUACCUUCACUUAUUUGUUCUGAGUUCUACAGGCAGUCUGGCUCAAGAUGUGUGGUAUUCAGAUCGGUGGUACCAUGGUCCCAGUUUUCUGUAGGUUUCACUGCUUCUGGGAAAAGUGUUAAGCAUGGGUAAUUUUAUUAAAGUUCAGCUUGGGAACUCAAACUCUGGUUAAAGUUCGUCAUCUUGUAGUUUUGAGUUUUGACAAUAGGACUGAAGUCCUUACAUUGCAAAAAAGCUAAUAAAAGAUUGUUAGACACGUUGCAAGCACAACUAGUUUAUGAUGACAAAUCGAGGGUAAGAGGUUCUUUUAGAUCAAUAUAGGACAUUACAACACAAUCUCAUUUCCAGUGAAGUUUAAGUGGUUUUUGAAACGACAGAAUGAGGAUGGACUGUGGUAGCAUGUUUCAAGGAAAAAAAUAUCUUUGCAACCAAAUUUUAUUUCAUUGUGAAGGCAAGUUUGGAGAUUCCCAGUUUCUAGCAUGGGUUGAUGGAAUUAAAAAAGCCCAUGCCAUGCUUUGACCUAGAAAGGUUGGCAAUGGAAAAAAUAACUCCUUUGGGAAGAUUCAUGGGAGCUAAAGCUGGAGUUGUGGUAUGGGCGAUUCUGUUGAGGCAGGGAGUAAGAGUCUCUGUUAUCAAAGGUAAAUAAGUAUUUUCUGUGGGGAAGAUUAGCAGUGGCUGAAGAUUUAUUUGUGGGACUGUUAGACUGUAUUGGACAGUUACUGUGGAGUGAAACCAGAAGGAGGUUGGAAGAGUUGCAAAGAAAAUACACUGCAUUUUUCUUUGUAUAAUCCUCCUGAGUCAGUCCUGUGGAUAUUUGGUAGCACGGGUUUCGUUUUGAAACUCCCUUUUUCCCAGUCUGAAAUUUUAGGGGUCUAUGAGUAUAGUGUUAUUGAGAUUGAAGAACACCAACGUGCGCUGUAAAAAAAGGAGCGGCUACUGUAUGUUUUUGUCAAAUGAUGCAUCCACACAUUGCGUGAGAGCAAUGUCAACCACAGAUUGUGAGCCCGGUGCGUUCAUGUUAUUGGGAAAAUGGUUUGUCGGUUAUCAUUACGUUGUCGAAUUCAGUUAUGUGUGCUGAAAACUUAUUCAGAUGGAGAAGGACCAGGAUCCAAAUUUACCAUUCUGUAGCAUGGCAGCAGAUACCAUUCCCAGAGUUGAUUCACCGUAUUUUAACAGAGAUAAUCAGAAAUUGUGGAAGAAAUUGUGUGAAUCUUCACACUGUAGAACGUGCACCCUGUGUUUUGGAUAGAUAUGGUCACAAUGCACUUAGUGGGCAAUGCGGCUCUGUGGCUUGAACCUAAAAAGUUGCACAUACUCAAUGCCACUUGUGAUUACAUUUUUGUGAUGCUGACUGUGCAAUUUGGGCCCGACCAGCGUUAGCUUUCAUAUCAAUCCGACGGCCACUGUAUCUAAUUUUGUGGAACAGCGUUGAGGAAUUCUGUUUCAGGCCGCGUUUGGAUCAGCGUUUCAGCUCGUUUCUGUCUGGUUUAGGGUACAGACCUCCUCCCGUCGUUCUCAUUCCAGGCAGGAAUCAAAAGUUGACCGUCUGAAAUCCCGGGAGCGGUCUUCUCUUCGGUUUCACUUGGAAUGUGAGUGUUCAUUUGAAGAUCAAGUGUAUGUUCUCGUGCUGAUGAGAAUUUAUUCGGGUGCCAGGCGAACAGUUUCAGCAACAAAACUCGAAAGAGGGUGGUGUCUGGGCUGCCAGUGGCUCUGUGGAAGUGGAAUACAAUAAACUUGAUUCGUGCUUUGCACUUUUUCCGGAUGAGCAAAGCAAGGAGGAAGCCUU